GGGAAACAGAUGACUCGUCUGGUGCGUUGCGGUUGAAAUCUGCCGACAGGAGCCUUCCGAGGAUUGAUUCAGACACCAGACACACCUCGUAAAACACACCAAGGAGCCUUAUCUGUCUUAAAACAAGAUGCAGUGAUGCGAUUUACCUCCGCUGACUGAGUCCACAUCCACCCAAAACAACCCGGCAUUCCUGUUCAUAUAAACUCCAAUGACCCGCCGCUGCUAACUCCGAGUCUACCUUUUUUUCUACAUCGACCAGUGGCGGGGCCAUCCCUGCCCGAGGGGCGUGGUCAAAGAUGGACAGCCGAUGCAGCAGUAGCGCUGAUUCGCGGCUGACCGGCAGGGUGGCUAUCAACACCACGCCCAUCUGUGCAAGGGUGGAGUCGUACGAGGCCGGAGAGAAGAAGUGCAUCUCGGACGUGAGGAGGACCUUCUGCCUCUUCGUCACGUUCGACCUCUUGUUCAUCACUUUGCUCUGGAUCAUUGAGCUCAAUGUGAACGGUGGCAUUCAGAAGCAGCUGGAUAAAGAAGUUCUGCACUAUGACUACCACGCAUCCUUCUUCGACAUUUUUCUCCUGGCUGUUUUCAGGUUUGCCUCUCUCAUCCUGGCCUAUGCCGUCUGCAAACUUCGUCACUGGUGGGCCAUUGCAAUCACCACUGCAGUCAGCUGUGCGUUCUUGAUUGCAAAAGUCAUUUUAUCAAAGCUGCUCUCUCAGGGUGCGUUCGGCUACCUGCUGCCCAUCAUCUCCUUCGUGCUGGCCUGGAUAGAAACGUGGCUGCUCGACUUCAAGGUUCUGCCUCAGGAAGCCGAAGAUGAAAACAGAUAUCAGUCCAUCAUGGACGCCACAGAGAGAGCUCCUCUCAUGUAUCCGGGUCCUUUAUCUGACGGACAGUUCUACUCUCCACCAGAGUCUGUGGCAGAUUCUGACGAGGAGCUGGAUGAUAAACAUGAUCCAGAAAAAGGGUUAAUUCAACAAGUAAUUUAACAGGAUUUCCACAUCAGACGGUGAGAUUCUUCUUCUGCUCCUGAUGUGAUACUGAGGGAAAAAAACUCUGCCUUACACAUUCUGCCAUUUUUAGUUUUUAAAAGUCUAAGAAGAAGUAUUUGUUUUAUGCAUACUCUCAUCCACAAAUGCACCUCCGUUUUUUUUUUGUUUUUGGUUUUGGCCUUUUAAAACAUAGAAUUGGAAAAGUGCUAUUUCAAAAUAAAAGCAUUUUCGCACUUAUUAAUUUAAAAAAAAAACAUUUAAAAGGAUUUCCUGACCUUUUAAAGAGAAUUCAUAUAAAAUGGAUAUUUCUUUACAAUAUUGCACCUUGUCUCUGAGACUUCACAGAAUCAAACUAAGACAUUUUAAAUGAAUUUUUCAUUUUUUACAACGGUCUAUUUCUCCUCUACGAUGUUACUGUCUUAUAUAUUUCCAAUGACAUGUUUACAUUUGAUUUGUUUCACCUGCUUGGGAAUGAAGUCACUGUUAGGGAAAAUAAGCUUGCUCUAUAGACUCUGCAUAAAGAAAUUGAAGGAUUUUUUUGGCCAGUAUUGAGUUUGUGAACUAUAAGGAGGAGGAAUAUGUACUGUGUAUAAAAAAAAAAAAAAAAUCAAAAGGAUGUUUGACUCGGGAUUAUUCAAACUAAUGGUGACUACUUCCAGGUCAUUAAAGUACACGCAUGGAAUCAAAGCAUCGAAACAAUAUUAAGUUUUGAUGAUUGUCUGCAUUUAACAAAGAGUGCAAAGUAUUAUAGUCUAUAAUGAGCCAUAAAAUCUGCAGCAUUUAAAAGAUAAAGAGUAUCUGGGGAAAUAACUGCACUGUAUGAACCUGCUUUUAAAAGCUGCUGCGAUGGAAACCGUACUGUACAUAUCAUCAUGCAUGCCUUGCAAGCCCAGUGGUUUUGUUAUGAAAAGCUUGUGUGUAAAAUAGAAUUAUUAAAAUGUGAAACCUUGA